CUGUGGAAGUUCCUUGUUUAUGGUUUUUAGUUUUAGGGUUGGUGCCUCUUCAGUGUUUUGAUUCUGUUUGACUUGGAAAAGAGGACAAAGAAAAUCUCCCACGGAUGCAUUCUGCUUUUCUUCUGUAUGGUAACUGCCUUGUUUGCUUUUUUCUUCUGCAUUUCUCAUGCGUGCAGGCUUAUAAGGCAAAUGUUAUCUGUCCAAACAAGCAUCAGUCUGAUCCAGAGAAGUUUUAUGGGAGUCAACUCCUUGAGAGCGAGACAUACAUUGGUGGUCAUGUGGAAUGCCUAGAAAGUGGUGUAUUCAGAUCUGACAUUCCAACCAGUUUUAAACUCGAUCCCUCUGCCUAUGAGCUAUUGAUCAACAACCUUGAUAGAGAUCUGCAGUAUGCUAUUAUAGUUGAGGGGAAGAUGGACUUGGAAUCUGUCAUAAAUUAUGGUGAAGUGAAGAAUGCCAUCAUGGAAAAGCUAAUGAGUUUACGAGAUAAUCCUUUAAGGGAAGAAUGCCCCCUCAUAUAUCAUCUUGAUGUAGCUGCCAUGUAUCCAAACAUCAUACUGACAAAUAGGCUUCAGCCACCAUCAAUAGUUUCAGAUGAGAUAU